AUGGAGCUGGGUGACUAUGAGAACAACAGUUCUUCUAACGCGGACGGCAACUCUGAGCCAGACGGGACACCAGAGCUGACCCCUGGAUCCCAACCCUCUGAAAGAAACCAUCUACAGACAGAGAGGGACCAGCUAAAGACAGAGAGGGACCGGCUGUGGACCAGUAAUUCCAACCUGGCUGUGGAGAAGAAACAACUACAGACCAGCAACUCUCAUCUUACUGCAGAAAGAAACCAGCUACAGACAGAGAGGGACCAGCUGAGGACCAGUAAUUCCAACUUGGCUGAGGAAAAGAAGCAACUACAGACCAAGAUAGACAAACUACAGACCAGUAACAAUGAUCUUACUGCAGAGAGAACCCUGCUUAAGACAGAGAGGGACCAGCUGAUGACCAGUAAUUCCAACCUGGCUGCGGAGAAGAAACAACUACAGACCAGUAACUCUCGUCUUACUGCAGAGAAAAACCAGCUACAGACAGAUACGGACCAGCUACAGACAGAGACGGACCAGCUGAGGACCAGUAAUUCCAACCUGGCUGCGGAGAAGAAACAACUACAGACCAGUAACUCUCGUCUUACUGCAGAUAAAAAACAGCUACAGACAGAGACGGACCAGCUGAGGACCAGUAAUUCCAACCUGGCUGCGGAGAAGAAACAACUACAGACCAGUAACUCUCGUCUUACUGCAGAGAAAAAACAGCUACAGACAGAGACGGACCAGCUGGGGACCAGUAAUUCCAACCUGGCUGCGGAGAAGAAACAACUACAGACCAGUAACUCUCGUCUUACUGCAGAGAAAAACCAGCUACAGACAGAGACGGACCAGCUGAUGACCAGUAAUUCCAACCUGGCUGAGGAGAAGAAACAACUACAGACCAGUAACUCUCGUCUCACUGCAGAGAAAAACCAGCUACAGACAGAGAGGGACCAGCUGAUGACCAAUAAUUCCAACCUGGCUGAGGAGAAGAAACAACUACAGACCAGUAACUCUCGUCUCACUGCAGAGAAAAACCAGCUACAGACAGAGAGGGACCAGCUGAUGACCAGUAAUUCCAACCUGGACGUGGAGAAGAAACAGCUUCUUGCCAUCAAAGACCAGCAACAGGCCAAAAUCCUUCAUCUUGAGUCACCAUGUGAACCUGGAUGGAAAUAUUUCAGCUACAAAUGCUACAUCCAUAAGCCUCAGCUGCGGAGCUGGACUGAGAGCAGACGAGUUUGCCAAACCCUUGGAGCUGACCUGUUAGUCAUCAACACGGAAGAGGAACAAAUCUUCAUCGGCCAGUGGGGUGCAGAAGGGUGGAUCGGCCUGAGGAGGCAAGGCCGUGCACAUGCCUGGACUUGGGUGGACAACACAAAGCUGUGUAGAGGGUACUGGCAGCCUGGGGAGCCCAACAAUGACUUUGUGAACUGUGUUAUGCAUAAGAGCCAUGCAAAUCCCAAGACUACUUGGAUUGACAGCAAAUGUGACAACCUGAAUCAUUUCACGUGUGAGAAAAACAUCCAGCACUAUAAGUUCCGGGUGAAUUAA